AUGUAUUCUCAAUUCAUUCUAGCUUCAUUUGUCUUCGUCGGUAUCAACUGUCAAUUCAGUAGCAAUACUCAACAAUUUAUUGUUGAUAUUCAUAAUUCAAUGCGAUCAAAAGUGGCUACUGGAACAUAUUCUGUGAAUGGAACAGUCAAACCAACUUGUAGUAACAUGAGAAAAAUGUCAUGGGACUCUACUCUGGCAACUUCUGCUCAAACUUAUGCGAAUACCUGCCCAACAACUCAUUCUAAUUCUGCUGGAAUCGGAGAGAAUCUAUAUAUGCGAACAACUUCUGCGAAUAUCGGAGGUCUUGAUGUUUACGGAGGAGCUGCUUCAGUCGCCUGGGAACAGGAAUUCCAGAAAUUCGGAUGGGCAUCGAACUACUUUGAUAUGCCACUCUUCAACACUGGUAUUGGAAAUGCAACUCAAAUGGCUUGGGCAAAAACAAAUCUCGUUGGUUGCGGAGUUAAGAAUUGUGGAAAAGAUGCCAGUGGAAUGAACCGAGUUUCAGUUGUCUGUCAUUACAAACCAUUAGGAAAUUAUUUGGAUCAAGUGAUCUAUGUCAGUGGAUUCACAUGUUCCCAAUGUCCAACUGGAACUGCUUGCGACCAGACAACUGGAUUAUGUGCAUAA